AUGGAUCUUUCGGCGAUCGACACAGCCGACGACAAUGACCUACCAGCGCCCAUCACAUUGACCAAGUCAUUCGAACGAAAGGUGCAUCAGAAUAUCGUGAGCGAGGAUGGCGAUACCAAGAUGCGCAACAAGGUCAUCAACGAGUUGAUCAACACAGAGAAGGACUAUGUCGAUGACCUGGAUCUCAUCAUCAACGUAAUAAUGAUGCCCCUGAGGGACAACAAGAUACUGUCGGACAAGGACAUCAACAUCAUCUUUUCCAACAUCCAAGUGCUACUCGGUGUCAACCAGGCCAUGCUGGAAAACCUAGUCAAGACCGCCAAGGUCAACGAUGGAAUCUCCAUGGGCCCCUGCUUCAACCUGCUGGCCGACUUCCUAAAGGUCUACUCGACAUACUGCUCCAAUCACCAGAACUCCACCCAGCAUCUGGCCGCGUGUAUCAAGAAGCACGCGCACUUUAAGCAGUAUCUCGAGGAGAAGCAGGCGCUGCCCGAGUGUCGCAUGAUCCACCUGGAGAGCAUGCUCAUCAAACCCAUCCAACGUCUGUGUAAAUACCCACUGCUACUACGCGAGUUGAUCAAGAACAGCGACAAAAGCCAUCCGGACAUACCUUCGCUCAAUGAUGCCUAUGCAAAGAUCGAGGCGGUCGUAGCCUCUAUCAAUGAGGACAAACGACGAGCUGAUGCACAGCAGAAGAUGUUCCAAAUACAUGAGCAACUAGAGUCCACGGAGAAGUUCGAACUCCUAUCACCAACCAGAUACUUUAUACGAGAGGAUACGAUCAAAGAGUUGACCGAUGAGAGGGACAAGAUCUCUGGCAAGUGCACCUACUACCUGUUCAACGACAUUAUCAUGCGAACAAAGAAAGAGAAGAAGUCCAUCAAACUAGAGACUCUCUUUGUUAUUGGCUGCAUUACGAUUGUGGACAAUGAGCAAAAGACUGGAGGCACAUUCUGCAACACAUGCGAGCUGGGACAGAUUGGUCGCGAUGGACGCAAACUCACACUGCUCUUUGACACUUACGAGCAAAAGAUGGAGUGGAUGAAUGAGAUUGAACAACUGUCCAAGCCGUUCAAAGAGGAGUCGGCAAGAGAGUACGAGAAGAUGCUGGACCAUGAUGUUGAUCCAACGAUCAAGAGGAACACCAUUGCCACUGGUAAUCCAUCCUCCCCAAGUGAUCCAAUGGCAAAGUCAUUGGCACGAUCGGCCACCUCCACUGCAGCUCUGACCACCAGCAAGAGCUUCACAAUCCCAUCCAAGCCACUGCCUCCUGCUCCAUCACACACAACAUCCAAAUCACUGUCCAACUUGUCAUCAAUGCUGAACGAUGCCGCCGCCAAGACAUCAUCGGCCCCAACUUCCACAUCCUCCAGCCCAAGAGCAUCACUUACAUUGACAAGUUCUUCACCUGGAAGGAUGCCACCUCCCACCACCACCAAUGACUUUACUACUCCUCCAGCCAGUCCAAGAAGGACAUCUGGUACAUUCAAGGUACCACUGCCUCCUGUGCGGACAAUGACGACACCUCCACACAUCAGUCCGAGGACAAUGACACCACAGCCAACGGCCUGCAUCCAGGAACCACCAUCAAUCCAGCUGACAAAUGUAUCACCUAAUCUUCCAUUCAUCACCAAAUCCAAGCCACCAACUGCUCAAAGAAAGUCGACACCAAUACCAAUAUCGAACAACAGUCCCUCACAAGUCAAUCAAAUGCCCCCACCUGUUGUACCUCGCAAGUUGUCACAACCAAUACCAAUGAUGAUGGACACUUCGAAUCGUCCAGUUUUACUACCAAGGCCUUCCUCUCGACCACCAUCAGUCGAACUUGCUCAAUCUCCCACUGUCAGCGACAUAUCAUUAUCAGCAUCAGUCAAGAAACAAGCACCACCAGUUGCACCAAGGAAAUCAAUUCAAUCAGCAACAGACUACAACAACAACAACAAUAAUCACAGCAACAUUGAUCAACCAUCAUUAUCAUCAUCAUCAUCUAGACCAUUGCCAAUUCCAGUAUCAACAAACCAAAUCAAACAAUCAACAACUUCACAAGUGGUCGUCCAACACCACACGUCUCCGUCCAUAUCAACAGCCAAACCAUUAUCCAAUGCUCCACCACCAACGAUGAAACCAGUUCCACCACCCAGACGCUAA